AUGAGUCGCGUAUGCGCCAGCCUCUGCCUAGCUGCCGUCGCCUCGGCGCUGACGUCGCCGAGCGCGCUGCCGCGCCGCACAACAUCGCCGAGCGCCGCCGGCGAGGCCGAGGGCCUCGACGCGGCGCUCUGGACGACGAUCCGCGCCCAGGCGUCCGCGGCGUCGGCGAGCCCCGUGCUGGCGCCGUACCUCGCGCGCUGCAUCGCGUCGCGGGACUCGCUGGCCGACGCCGUCGCGGGCGUGCUCGCGGACCGAGUCGCGGGCGGCGGCGCCGAGGGCCUGCCGCGCGACGAGCUCGCGGCGUGCCUCCGGGGCGCGCUCGCGGCGUCGGCGCCGUCGCUCGCGCGGGACGUCGCGGCCGUCGUCGACGGCGACCCCGCGGCGCCGGACGCGCUCGCGGUCGUGCUCCACUUCAAGGGCUUCCUCGCGCUCGCGGCGCACCGCGCGGCGCACGCGCUGUGGGGCAGCGGCGACCGCGACGUCGCGCUGCUCCUGCAGGGCCGCGCGUCGGCGCUCUUCGGCGUCGACAUCCACCCGGCGGCGUCCGUCGGCGCGGGCACGUUCAUAGACCACGCGACGGGCGUCGUCGUCGGCGAGCAGGCGAGCCUCGGCGAGGGCUGCUACGUCCUCCACGGCGUCACGCUCGGCGCGACGGGCAAGGUCCGCGACGGCCGGCGCCACCCGGCCGUCGGCGCGGGCGUCACGCUCGGCUCCGGCGCGUCGGUCCUCGGCCCGAUCACCGUCGGCGACGGCGCGACGGUCGGCGCGAACGCGUGCGUCACGAAGGACGUCGAGGCCGGCGCGACGGUC